GCUCUGCGCAGCACACGCGGAAGUGGCUUCCUCCAGCUGACAAGCCGGGCGGUUGUAGCCGUUCCUCGCCGGCUGGCGACUACUACAGAGAAUGGCAGGAGUGCGAGAGCCCGGGGAGAACCGGGCCGCUGCCAUGGCUGUGGAGCAGGACAUGUUCGACGCCGUCGUGAUGGCGGAUGAGAGAUUCCAUGGGGAGGGAUAUCAGGAAGGCUAUGAAGAAGGCAGCAGCUUGGGGAUCGUUGAAGGAAGGCAGUAUGGCACAUUACAUGGAGCCAAAAUUGGAUCUGAGAUUGGGUGCUACCGUGGCUUUGCUCUUGCAUGGAAGUGUCUCCUACACAGUGGUGCAUGCGAGAAAGACAGCAGGAAGAUGAAGGUGGUGGAGGCUCUGAUCACACUGCUGCAACACUUCCCCUAUGAUGACCCCACUUACGAGAGGCUCCAUGAAGACCUGGACAUAAUCAGAGGGAAAUUCAGACAGCUAUGCUCACUGCUCAACGUGCAGCCAGACUUCAGGGUGACCGCGGGAGCCUCCAGACUUGCGUUUUGAGGACUCAGAAGAGCAGAUAUCUGUACAUAUAAUGUCAGUGAUUAAAGGCAGCCUGAGUGGCCCUCAUUGUUCUGUGA